CCCACGCAAUGACUCUGUGAAAUGACACACUUUGCUCAUUGUCUGUCUUUGCUCAGCUGCAGUGAACAUCUUCCUCAACACAAGGUGCAGCAGACUGGCAUAUGAUGAUGCAACCUUCAGCACAACAGUACGCGGUCAGUAGGCCACUGUACUCUGAGGAUGAUUUCGCUGAGGAAUACCCGAAGAUCACCAGGCACCACAAGACGCUACCGGACCAUGUGAAGGCGUACUUCACUUGUGAUUCUAAGCGAGCAAAGAAUGCCGCUCUUUCCCUGUUUCCUGUUAUUGGAUGGAUGAGAAUCUAUCGCAUCAAAGAAUGGCUUCUGAGUGACAUGGUGUCUGGAGUCAGCACUGGACUGGUCUCCAUUCUGCAAGGUCUGGCAUUCGCCCUGCUAGCCGAGCUUCCUGUUUCCUACGGGCUGUUCACGGCCUUCUUCCCGGCAUUGCUCUACUGCUUCCUCGGCACCUCCAGACACCUCUCAGUGGGUGCUUUCCCCGUUCUGAGUCUGAUGGUGGGUGCAGUAGUGACUCGACUGGUACCGAACGAUGGGCCCCCGGCCAACAUCACAGGCUUCGAGGGGCUGACCAUGGAUCAGCAGAGGGUUGUGGUGGCCUCGUCGGUCACGUUCCUCAUGGGAAUAUUUCAGCUGGCCAUGGGGGUGUUCCAGGUGGGAUUCGUUGUGAUGUAUCUGUCGGACACGCUGAUUUCGGGGUUCACCACAGCAGCUGCAAUCCACAUCCUGGUGUCACAGCUGAAGUUUGUGUUGGCGCUCACAGUUCAAUGCAAGAAUGGACCUUUCUCCAUCAUCUGUACCCUGGAGCAAAUAUUUAGUCAAAUCACGGACACCAAUGUUGCGGACCUGGUAAUGUCCAUCAUCAUCAUUUUGGUGGUGUUCGCUGUAAAGGAAGUCAACGACAGGUUCAAGGCCAAACUCCCUGCGCCCAUCCCCAUAGAGGUCAUCGUGACCAUUAUUGUCUGCGGAGUUUCCUAUGGAUUCAAUUUCAAAGAGAAGUUUGGAGUUGACGUUAUAGGCCAAAUGCAGCCUGGUUACGAGACACCAAUUGCCCCCAACAUUGAGGUGCUACAACAGAGUGCAGUGGAGGCCUUUCCUAUGGCUAUCAUAGGCUUUUCUGUGGCUUUCUCUGUAGCAAAGGUCUACUCGAUAAAACAUGACUACAUCCUCGACGGAAACCAGGAGCUCAUCGCUUUCGGAGCGAGCAACAUGUUUGGAGCGUCCUUCAGGUCGUUUGCGGCGAGCACCGCUCUCUCCAGGACCGCUGUGCAGGAAAGCACAGGGGGCAAGACCCAGAUUGCUGGUUUUAUCUCAGCGAUGAUGGCAAUGAUCGUUACCAUGUGGAUUGGUUUUUUACUAGAACCAUUGCCCAAGUCAGUGCUGGGGGCGCUGGUAAUUGUAAAUCUGAAGGGGAUGCUGAUGCAGUUUCGAGAGAUCCCUUACCUGUGGAGAAAAGACCGGCCAGACUGUGUGGUGUGGAUUGCAACCUGUAUUGCUGCCAUCCUGUUGGGUCUGGACCUGGGUCUGGCCGCGGGGGUGGGGGUUGAGCUGCUCACUGUGGUUUUCAGGACACAGUUCACUCGCUGUUGUGUCCUGGCCAACAUAAGGGGAACAGAUAUCUAUAAAGAUCGCAAGGAUUACCUUCAUAUUUAUGAACCAGAAGGCACGAAGAUCUUCAGAAUACCUGCACCAAUCUUCUUUGCCAACAUUGAGUUCUUCAAGGGAAAACUGAUUGAAUCUGUCGGAUUUAACCCCCUGCGAGUUUUGCGGAAGAGGAACAAGGCCCUGCGGAAGAUCAAGAAGCUCCUGAAGAGCGGGGAGCUGCAGAUAACAGAGAAAGGACUGCUGCACACGGGCUCGGCUCCUAGCAAGGAGUCAGAGGAUGAGAGCAACGUGGAGGGCCUGGAUCAGCCCACGGACUUCCAGAACCUUCCCGUCCAGAUCAACUGGAAUGCAGAACUUCCCGCCAACAUCUGUGUCCCCAAGGUCGACGUCCACAGCGUGAUCCUGGACUUUGCGGCUGUCUCGUUCCUCGACAUCUCAGCACUGAAGGGCCUCAAAGCGAUAUUGAAAGAGUUCAUCCGAGUGGAUGUGGAGGUCUACAUUGUGGCAUGUGAUGUGUACAUUCUGGAGAAGCUUCACAGCUGCAUGUUCUUUGACGCGGAGAUCAAGACGUCCAUCUUCUUCCUGACUCUCCAUGACGCCAUGCUGCAUAUUCUAGAGAAACACCCAGACCAAUCAGAGGGAAAGGACACAUACAAGGAUUUGAAGAUGAAUCCCUACCACAGUAACAGUGCAGCCUGCUUGAGGAACAGGGACAAGACGGUGGCAGAGUGCAGAUUCUAGAGAGGACGGCCUCUGAUUGGACAGCACCGAAAUUCCUGUGGCUGUGGUUGCUAUGCAGCGAAAGGGCUUGGAACAGGAUGGGGAUCCAGGCAGCACUACCACUUAUUUUUUUGGAACAGCAAACUCACAUGGAGACGGCACCUAAUCCACACAACAGUAAUCACAUCUGCAACACUUAAGGACAAAACGAAAAAAUUUACUUUCAACACAUUAUUUUUCCUGUUUCAUUGAUUUUCCUUGUUUUCAUUUCCAUUUUGAGACUCAAAAUGUUUAUAUUUGC